AUGUUUCUACUAUUCACAUUUAUAACACUAACACUAGCUGCUUCUAAUAGACAAUUAUUCUUUAACUAUCAAAAUAAUGCUGCUUGUAUUUUAAUUAAUGAACCAACACCAUUUACUCAACUUUCUUUCAAUUUUCAAUUGGGUUCAAAUCAAAGUAUACCGUUGGUUAUAUUUAAUUAUUUAGAUAUUGUUAAUUUUAAAAACUUACCAAAUUUUGAUCAAUUUUUAAAUCAUACUUAUUUAGAUGUUAAUAAAUUUAUAACUAAAGAUGUCGAAUUUAAUUUUCAAACUUUCAAGAGUAAAUCAUUACCUGAACAUUUUGAAUCAACAAUAAUUCAAGAAUCUGGAGAGUAUAAUUAUCAAAUCUUUCAAAAUGGUACGUAUUGUAUUUACCUUCCAUUAUAUACUUUUGAUGAAACAAUUAUCCAUCCUACUCAUUAUUAUGCAACUAUGAAAAUUGAACAUGAAUUUAGACAUGUUGAUUUAUAUCAUAAAUUUUCAACCAAUUUAACAAUUACUAUUUUAUUUGCAAGUACUUUAUUAUUAUUAUCAUAUUUUAAUCCACUGAUUAGAGAAUUUCAAAUUGAAAAAUUAACAAUUGUAAAGCAACAAUUGGUUACUUUAUUAUUUGGUACAUUUGCUUUUUAUUUUUUAUAUACUAUUAAUGAAUUUUUAACAUUAUUUGCAAUACCAAGUGAUAAAUUUUAUUCCCUUAGUGAAGGGACUUUUGGUCAUGCUCAAUAUUUGAUUAUUGAUAAAUGGCAAAAAUAUACAAUAUCCAAAAUUUAUUUUGGUGUUGCUUUUAAAAAUUUUACAAAACCAAGAAUAUUUGAUUUGAUAUUUGCAAUUAAUGUUAUUUCAUCAUUUGUUAGUGAUUAUUUAAUUAAAAUUGAUUCAACAGAUAUUCUUGUAAAUGAUAAACCAUUUCAAAUUUUAAAACAAUCAAUUUUAGUACCUGGAUUCUAUAAAAGUGUUUUACAAAAUGUAGAAACAGAUGGAAAUAAAUUGACUUUAGAAGUAGCAUCAGCAUUGCAACUAAUUAGCGGAAUUUUAAUACAAUUAAUUACAUUAAUUGUAGGUAUUAAAGUAUAUUGGAAAUUAAAAGAUAGAAAAUUACAGGCACCUAUUUUACAAUCGUUAUUACUUCAUUUAAUUACAUGGAGUACAUUUGUUAAACAUUUAAUAUACCAUUUAUAUAUAAAAAUAUCAAUUAGAGGAAUAUUUGAUGUUGGUGAAUUAUUAGGAGUAAUUGGAUCUUUAAUUGAAACAUAUCAAGUUAAAGUUGUAUCAUUAAAUUUAGUUGAAAUUUUACUACUUUGGUUCAUUUGGACAAGAGAUUACACGGAAUAG